CGUGCCAAUUGUGUGCGCAAACUAUCCAUAAUAAAAAGACAGCCGAAAAUGAUUGUGUGAAGAUUUGUCCGGGAAGCGAAAAUAUCUAGAAUUGGACAAAAAUUUACAUAUUUCUUACGAAAAUAGUGUCUAAUAAAGGUGAAACGAAUAAUCACUAGCAAUUCAUCGGUCGUCCAUCAGUGGUUUGUAGGGAAAGAACCGACAACGCAACAAUGUGUGAACAACUGGCGAGAUUGCACGGAUGCAACGUUUCCAUUAUCGGCGACAACGAUAGUCUUGUUAAUAAAUAUGGCCACAAUGUUACAAUCGCCUGUGGCUACGACCCGCAGGGAAUGAGUGUCCGUGUUCUAAGGGAAAAUACUCAACAUCAGCUGGAAGAAUACCCUGUCAAUUCCAAAACGACUCAUCUCAACCAUGGCACAACAUCACAGAUUCUGAUAGUGGGCGGCGAUAUGCUUUACAUCAAGUUCGCAUCCAAAGCCGACUGCAAACUGUUCCGACAGCUGCUGCAGAAAAUGUCCGGAAAAGUCAACUCAGUAUUCAACCUUCGCACGGAGGACUCUUCAGCAUCACAGUAUUUUCAGUUUUACGGUUAUCUCUCGCAGCAGCAGAAUAUGAUGCAGGAUUUCGUCCGAACUAGCACUUAUCAACGAGCAAUAUAUGGUAAUUCGCAGGACUUCCUGAACAAGAUCGUGCUUGACGUCGGUGCUGGCUCUGGUAUCCUUUCUUUCUUCGCGGUUCAAGCUGGUGCGGCUAGAGUUUACGCGGUGGAGGCUAGCAAUAUGGCCCAGUAUGCCCAGCAGCUGGUUCAGUCGAAUAAUCUCGAAGAAAAAAUCACUGUGAUUGCCGGCAAAAUAGAGGAAAUUGAACUUCCAGAGAUGGUGGAUGUAAUUAUCUCCGAGCCCAUGGGUUACAUGCUAUAUAACGAACGUAUGCUGGAAACCUAUCUUCAUGGUAAAAAAUGGUUAAAACCAGAGGGAAAGAUGUUUCCGUCAAGGGGAGAUCUUCAUGUGGCUCCAUUCACCGAUGAAGCUCUCUAUAUGGAACAAUACAAUAAGGCUAAUUUUUGGAUGCAGACUGAAUUUCACGGAGUUAACUUAGUCGCACUCAGAGAUGCGGCGAUGAAGGAAUACUUCCGACAACCGAUCGUUGAUACGUUCGAUAUACGUAUAUGCAUAGCUAAAUCAAUCAGACAUACCACCAACUUUUUGACUGCAGAUGAGAAAGACCUGCAUCGAAUCCAAAUUGAUGUAGAGUUCCAUAUUUUAGAAACUGGUACUUGUCACGGGUUGGCCUUUUGGUUCGAUGUGGAGUUCGCCGGAUCAUGCUCUCAAAUUUGGCUGUCUACUGCCCCAACGGAAUCGUUGACGCAUUGGUAUCAAGUGCGUUGUUUGUUGCAAACCCCGAUUUUCGUAAAGCAAGGCCAGGUACUCUCGGGUAAAGUUAUCCUAGCGGCAAAUCAACGGCAAAGUUAUGAUGUGGAGAUCGAUUUGAAACUAGAAGGAACGAUAAUCUCAUCCUCCAACACUCUAGAUCUUAAGAAUCCAUACUUCCGAUACACGGGUGCUCCGGUCCCGGCACCGCCUGGUUCCAAUACUACAUCACCUAGUGAAGCUUACUGGGGACAAUUGGACGCUCAAGGUGCUCGAAAUGCUGUAAAUCUUGUAAAUGGAAUCACCGUGAACGGCCUUGGAGAAGUUGAUAUGUCCAUAAUCAACACUAAUCUUAUGCCAAUUGGUAAUCAACCAAACAUUCAUCCUGGACUUAUCUCAAGUACUGGAAGGCAGCAAUCACAGCAGCAGCAAGUGACGCCAACCCAGCAGCUUGCAAUGAACCCAACGAUUGCUUGUGCUGCCACUUCGACUCAGAAUGUAGCUCAGCAGCAGCUGAUUGGAGGUGCUAUCUCGCCAUCUCUGUUUACGACACCGACCCAGCAAAUAAUUAACAGUCAUCAUGCGCAACCGAUUCAUGGUAACCAGUUUUACUAGGCAUUCAUGUUAUGCUCCGAGUCAGCAGCUAUUCAUUGCACCGGACAACAACAGAACUACUACACCAUUAAAACACUUACUCACAAACGCUUCAUCAUCGUCCUUCAAGUUUACAUCGCUACUCUUAUCAUUAUUAUAAUUAUAUUAUUUAAAUGUAUAUCAUUUUAUUGAGAUUGACCGAACAGGGCCUGUUCUUGUCCUGUGUCCCGGAUAGAAUACGUUUAAAGGUAGCAAGCUUUUAUUUUCAAAAGUACAGUUCUGUUCAAUGUCUUCUUAGUUUUAAAUAGAUUUUCCAAUUAAAAUUUGUCGACC